AUGGCCUGGUGGGCGCGUGUGCCGCAUCCGCAAAACUUGAAAAAUAUGGCAUUUGAUAUUUGCAGAGAGUUUGACCUACAAUGUCCUUCUGAAAAAGAUGGACAGUCACAUGUAUCAGGCAGUGCCAAAGCUGCAAAUCCUACUCUCGUUGUCGAUAAUGAACCCAAUACAGUUGCAACAAAAGCCUACGAAGUCCCUCCGUCCCACGAGCCAUGUUUGUGCAAUUCUACGUUUGAUACUAGAAGACACAUUUCGUAUGUUCAGCUUCAGGGUAAGACUUUUGAAGACCAAACCAAUUUACCUUCGACGCAGUCCCUGCCAAACACUUCAGUUCCACAUAGUACCGGCCUGAUCCCCCGACCAGACCAGCCUCUGCGAUCGGUAAUGUCUUUCCAAAAACCGGAAUUACUCGGUUUCCUCGACUCACCAUACAAUGUUUGGGAAACAAGAGCGCUAGCGAAAUUCCUCCCAGAAACUUGUUCGGGCAUGCGAAUGGUGAUGCCAUGGACUGGUACACCUUUACCCACCAUCGAACUACGGUUUGAAGUAUCAAUGGAAUUCAGUGAAGCCUUCAUGAAAUUCCGACAGUCUAGGCUGAACGAUGAAAAUACCGUACAGAGGGCUGUCCAUAGAAUCGACAGCUCUGGCCUGGGUUCAGCACAAUAA